AUGCCCAACGGACCAGGGCUGCUCACAAGGCAGGCCUCGCCGCCCGCACCCCGGUGGAGCCAGGAGAGGCACGCGGAGGGUGGAAAGGAAGGAAAGGAAGGGCGGUCGUCAAAGUGUCCCCGUAAGCUCAUCCGAGUCCGCGUCCCGCCUGCCCCCGCCACCCGUCGGACCCAGCCCUGCCCUCCACCUGGUGCUUACCAGCCACCCCGGGGCUCCGGCGCCGCUCCCGCGGCCGCCCUCGCCUCCCGCCUGUCCCGCAGCGAACCUCGGCGCCCCUCGGCUCCGCGGGCUCCCCGCAGCGCGCCCGCGGCUCCUCCCCGAGCCUCCCCGCAGCCGCCCACCUGCCCCUCGACAGCAGCUCCCAGCCCGCGGGCCCCGCCGCCGCACUCCGCUCGCCCGCGACCCCCGCCCGAGAACUCGCCCGCGGGCGCCCGCAGCCCCGCGCCAAGCCCGCCCCCGGCGGCUCCCCCCACCCCCGGCCUUCGGCGCCCGCAGCGGCCCCCGAGCACGCCCCCUCCCACGGCGACAGGAAGUCCGCGCGCCGGCCGCGCGGCCGCAGAGGCUUCCCCCGGGCGCGGAGCGCGGCCCCGGCGCGGCGGCCUGACAGGGCGCGGGCCCCGCCGCCCGCCCGCGGCGCCCCAACCGUCGCGGCGCGCCCCUCACCUCGGCCGCCGCUCUCCUCCCGGCUCGCCGCUCACCCCGCUCCCGCCGCGACGGCGUCUCCGGGUCCGGCUACCGCCCUCGCUCCGGCCGCGCUCCACAGCCCUGCCCUGCCCCACCGCGGCGGCAGCUGCCGCCAGCCACCAGUGCACCGCCCCCGCCGCGCCCGCUGUGCUCGUCCCAUUGGCUGCUGGGCGCCGGGCCCCGCCCCACGGCCCCUCCGGCAGCCCCGAUUGGGCCAGGGCCCCAGGAGGCGGCCCGCCCCCUGCCGCACCGAAGGACCGCCCCCGGGCGCCAUUGGCGCGACUCCCGUCCAUCAAAGGGGGAGUGCCUACUUAA